UUGAGAAUUCUUGGCACCGUCUCGCUCAGUGAACAGGCAGCCGACCGUCGGCCAACGGCUGUUUCCACAGUGUCUGGAGGAUUAUUUUAACGGAGCUGGAAUUGAGCGGAAACGCCAGAGCAGCGAAAAGUGAAAUACCGGGCCUCGUCUGCCUGCACGGUGACGUCAGACCUCACCACGAGCUUCACCUGCACAGCUGAGGGCAGAAAAGAUCUGCAUCAGACAUAGUCCAAGAAGAAGAAGAGGAGGAGGAGGAGGAUCUGCCUGGAUCCAGACUCGAUGGACCAGUGAAGUCUUUCCCAUCCUGCCCGUUAAAAGCAAUGUUUUGGGAGCUGGAGGUCGUAACACCAUCAGCAGAGUGGUGUGGGGCCCCUCCGCUCCCUCUUCCCCAGCACUCCUCCCAAUAUGGGAUGCCAGCCCCCUGUCCCCCUGCCCUGAGCUCUCCUGGGGAGCCAUGAAUAGUUACAGAGACAGAGGGGUAACUUGCACCUCCUCGGACCUUCUCGAUGGAGGAGGAGGAGGGUUGCCUCAGCACACUCCAUUUCGUCACACCCCCAAUGGGCACCCGGCGCCUGGCCCCUCUGACCCGGCCAUGCAACCACGAAUCUCUGUGCCCAAAAUGGGUGUCCGGGCACGGAUUGCAGAAUGGCCUCCACGUCGUGCUCAGUCCCGGGAGUCACUGCUUGAGAAUGGGCAGAUUGGCAGCAAUCACUACGGCGACGACAGUUCAAUUUCAUCAUCAGUUCUGUCAUCUGAUGUGAGGUUGGUGCGGGGAGGAGUUGCCAGGUUGCCCCGACGGAGAUCCAAGGAUGUCGAGUUCAGAGGAGGAGAGCUUGGUGGUGAAAGAAGUUCUCCUUUCAGCCUCAGAGUGUUCCCACCUUUAAGACAGCGCUCCAACAGCGAAGUGACGCUGAGCGAACAAGAUGAAAAUGAGGUGGAGACCCGCGGAGAUGGUGGAUUGGGGAACCGGUUCAGAGAGUACGGCAGCACCUCAUCCAUCGACAUCCAAGGCAUUCCUGAUCAGAGCUUCUUUGACAUGAUCAGCCAGUUCCGCCAGGAGAGGCCUGACCAGCGGAGCUCGGCACCCAUACACCUUGGCGAGCUGCUGCGUGCUCCAGUCACCCCAACUGGACCUCUCCCCUCUGCUCCCUCACCUGGUCCCACAGAAGACAGAGAUACCGGAAGGAAAGAUGGCACUGAGAGAGUGAGGAAGAAAAGUGGAGGGACAGAGUCAUCGUUGGGCACCUCCUCUUUGUUUCGGAAACUUCGGAGCUCCAAUAGAGGAGAGCUGGAUGGAGGGAAAGGAGAGACUGUUGAGGAUAGGGGAGGGCGGGGUGCCAUGAAUGCCUCCUACAAAUCAUGGGUGUGUACCAAGAGCUUUGUCCACUUUGACGUUCAGAGCAUCCUGUUUGAUCUCCACGAGGCAGCAGCUCAACGUGGCUUUGUUACUCAGAGGAGGAACACAGCCACAGGGGCAUCAGCCGCUUCAGUGUCCCUGUCCAUCUCCAGAUCCUCAGCAAGUGUGAAUGAUCCCAUUUACUCCAGCAUCGAGGAUCUGACUCUGAGCCUCGAGCAGGGCUCCACAACACCCUCCCUGGGUGUGGACCCUCUGGAUGGUGCUGGAGCUCAGAGCUCGAGCCCACUACUCCUCUCCUGCCCACACUUCCUCAAUGAAACCGGGGGCCACGGAGAGCGCAACAUCAGCUUCCUCAGCUCAUCAUUAGAACGAGGAGGAGAUGGAGCAGGUGGAGGAGAUGGAGGGAGGGGGUGGCUGAGGAGGAGUAACGCCAGCGUAUCAGUGGUGGAGAUCCCCAUUGAAGAGCAGGCUACAAGACUGGAAAGAAUGAAACUGUACAGCAUAGAGCAUGUAGACCUGGGAGCCAGGUACUACAGAGACUACUUCCAUGGAAAAGAGCACUCAAACUACUUUGGGACAGACGAUAGUGGGCCUGUGGCCUUGAGCAUCCGCAAGAGAAGCUGGAAGACACAAAAACCGAAAGUACCACACCAGUACCGCCUCAUCCUCAGGACGAGACGAGGUAUGCAGCUGUGUCUGGUGACCCUUCGAGGCUCUGUUUUAGAAGAUGCAGUGGCGUCUACGGGGAAGCACGGCACCGUUCGGGGUCUGCCGCUCAAAGAGGUCCUGGAACAGGUUGUCCCCGAACUCAACAUCUCCUGUCUGAGACUGGCGCUUAGCACAGCCAAAGUCACAGAGCAGCUCCUUAAACUGGAUGAACAGGGGUUAAGUCAGAAGCACAAGGUGGGUGUUCUGCUGUGCCGUGCAGGCCAGAGCACAGAGGAGGAGAUGUACAACACAAGGAGGUGUCACCCCGCCUUCUCUGCCUUCCUGGAGUUGCUCGGGGAGCAGGUGCUUCUCAAAGGAUUCACCAAAUACGCUGCACAGCUCGACACAAAGACUGACUCUACGGGUACCCACUCCCUUUACACCUCCUACCAGGGCUAUGAGAUCAUGUUCCACGUGUCCACCAUGCUGCCGUACAUGCCCAGCAACCCACAGCAGCUCCUGAGAAAGAGGCACAUAGGGAACGUUGUCACCAUAAUCUUUCAGGAGCCAGGAGCGCUGCCUUUCACCCCCCAAAAUAUUCGUUCACACUUCCAGCACGUCUUGUUAUUGUUCGUGUGUCACAACCCCUGCUCUGAAAACACCUGUUAUCAGUGUUGCCGUGACCGAAUGAAGGAUGUGCCCCCCUUUGGACCACCCAUCCCCAGCAGUGUCACCUUCCGGGACCCAGAGACCUUUCGUAACUUCCUUCUAGCCAAAGUCAUCAAUGCAGAAAACGCAGCACACAAGUCAGAGAAGUUCCACACCAUGGCGACACGAAACCGGCAGGAGUACCUGCGUGAUCUGGCUGAGAACUAUGUCAGCAGCACGCCGCUCGACUCAGCCGGUAAAUUAAACAACCUCAUCUCCCUGGCAUCUAAACGUGAGCGCACCAAGGCACGAGAGGGACGGAGCUGGGAGCAGCAGGGGCGGGUCGCCUGGAGAGUCCAAGCCCAGGACUUUAGUGGAGGCGGAGGAGCAGAGCUGCCCUGUUGCCUUGGUGUGUCGGCUGAAUACAUUGUCCUCAUUGACUCUUCCACCAAAGAGGUGGUGUUUAAAUGUUUCUUCUUUCUUCUCGCAGACGUGAUUGUGACACCAGAGCGGCUGACGCUGAAGAUCUUCUACGGCAGAGGAGCCACAAUUGCUGUGCGAGUACCUGAGGGAGGUGCAGACAUCAGGGAGAUGGUGCAGAGGUUAAAGUCAUUGACAGUGGGAUGAACGGUGGAUAUGACACUAAGAGAAACGGACUGGGACAAGCUGGGCUUCCAUGUUCGCUUGGAUGGCACCGUAGCUAGUACCGUGGAAGAGUACGGCUUCGCCUGGCAGCAGGAGGCUGGACUGAGGCAGGGUAGCCGGUUUAGUGGAGAUCUGUAAGUGGCCGCGGUGACACUGACUCAUGCAAUGAUUGACCUGCUGAGGACGUCGUUCACGGAGGUGGUCAUCAUUCCUCCAUAUAAGAGGGCGGGCCUCGCAGUGGGCUGCACAUAGGAGUACGAGAUGAAGACCAUGGAGCAGAAAGCAGAACCUGAGCCUCUGGCAGCAGGAUAUCGACCCUCUCCUCGCCAGAUGCGAUGGGAAAGUUCACCUAUUCCUCAAGGACUCCACCCCUCAAAACAUGCAGCGUGGGCCCCCAUUGGCCCCCCACCUCCUCCACUACGCUUACCCAAGGGCUUGGUGCCAGUUCCCUAUAGAGAGCCCCAGCACCCGAAUGCCCUCAGGCCGGUCAGCUACCCAGAGAACUACUACAGCCUGUCUCCUGCAGGAGGCGACAGGCCCUACAGAAACCCCUCAGCCAUCUUCUCUGCACCCUCCUCCGGUCUGGUCAGCCUCCCCACGAUGGGGCCACCUGGAAUCUCCCCAGGCCCCUUUGUGCGCUACAAACCUCACCCGACAGGUGUAUUUGGAACAGGACAGCGCCCCCUGCUGCUGUAUGAUCCCCACCGUGUCGAUGUCACCUCUAGUGGAGAGUCUUCCUCAGGCUUCACCAGCCAGGAGAGUACCAUGGAGCGCAGCAAAACAGAGCCUCUCUGGCAUGUCCCAGCGUCUCGAGGACCAGGUGGUGGAGGGGGGCAGAGGAGACUGCCCAGACAGGAUGUCCCAGGCAAAGACUCUCCAAACAGACACUCGAAGGGUGAGACUCAGUACUCCAGCCACUCCAGCAGCAACACCCUGUCCAGUAACGCCUCCAGCUGCCACAGCGACGAGCGCUGGUUCGACGGAGGAGCUGGAGGAGAGCGAGGAGGCGUGGGUUGCCUGGGUGAGCCGCUGGCUGAUCCUGACCCCGACCUUCUUAACAAGGGCGGGUCCAACGACAGCGGCAUCGAUGGCUCAACCCACUACGGCAACAGUCGCCACAGUAACAUGUCCAACAACCAGUCUCACAAGGCCAUGCACAGCUCUGCAACCUACAGCGGCAUCCAGGAGCUGUCCGUGGGAAGGAGCAGCGGCGGGGGGGAGGCGAAGAGACGAGAGUCUUCGCCCAUCAUACCAGCUGCGUCCAAUCAGAACAAAGGGUACAGGACGAGGACGUUCCCUCCUCCUGGCUCCAGCGCUGAUAAAAUGGACGCUUUCAAGCCCAGGGCCUACACACCGCAGGGUUACAAAACUCCAGUGGAGAAAGCGCAGCCCGUUCGAGCCUCUACCACAACGCCCACUUCAGCUCAGUUAAGCUCCACCCCUCUCUCCAGCUCCGCCCCCAAGUCCUCUUACGUCAAGAGCACACCGAAUGCCUGGCAGCCAGAAGACUGCAACCCAUCACCUUCAAACUCAACCACGGCGUCGAGCUCUGACAGCAACAACAGCAAGAAGCAGGUGGACACAAAUUCAAAGAACGUGUUUGGACAACCUCGACUGCGAGCGUCACUAAGGGACCUGCGCUCCCCACGACGGACGUAUAAAAGCACCAUCGAAGACGACCUGAAGAAACUGAUCAUCAUGGACAACCCAGGAGAGAUGCCACAGAGAGACCCAUCUCCCAGACGCACCCUGCAGCGCACCUUUUCAGACGAGUCGCUGUGCAGCGGGCGGAGGGACUCCAGCUUCGCCAGCUCUGAGAACCAGGCGGCUCCCACCGACGUGCUCUUCACCUGCACGUUGCCCACACGCAAACACGCCGGCUCCUCCAACCACAUGCAGAGCAAGAAGGUGCCGCUCUCUGCAUCCGAGCUGUCUCUGACCGAAGUGAGAGACAAACUACCCCCUCUGAGGAGGCUCGAUCCUGGCAUGAUGCCCCUCCCCGACACAGCCUGCGGGCUGGAGUGGUCCAGCCUGGUCAACGCUGCUAAGGCCUACGAAGCACAAAGAGCGGUUUCUCUCUUCUCGCUGACUGAGUCGCAGCUUGGAGGUCCAGAUAUGAGACCGGCCAUCAGUCCAGUCCAGUUUCAGACUCCUCAGACACCACGGACCACACCCACAUUAAGCAGCGAUGAGGUGCCCAAUGACCUGUCUGGUCGGCUCUACCACCUGGAAGUGAUGCUAAAGCAGCUGAACAGUGACCUGGAGAAAGAGAAGCAGGAUAAAGUCGUCUUACUCGCUGAGAUGGCCAACUUGAGACAGAACAACCAGCGCCUGCAGGAGGAAAGCCAGACAGCCAGCGAGCAGCUGCGCAAAUUCAGUAUGCUUUUGACCAAUCUCAAGCCAGGAAGCGACCCCGAGGCUCGCUCCUUAGCCGACUCACAGAGGGAGUGACCGACCGCUGAGGAAGAAGAAGAGGAAGAGUGUGAGAUUCAGGCCAGAGGGAGGGCCCAGCUUGAGAAAAAUAUGCUUUCAGUUCCCAUGAUUCCUUGCACUCACGGGGGUGGCAGAGGGGGACACCAUGAUGUCACACUCAGCUUCCACUGGACUGCCUUAAACCAGAAAGAAAAAGAUCUGGAUUUUUGUAAAACCCUUCCAGUAGAGACCCUUCCUCUCUACACUCUCUACACCCUGAGCCUGUUUAUUUUUCUAACUGAAGUGCAAACGUCUGAAUAUUUGUCAUAUGGUGUAAAUAUAUCUGCUACUAUGCCGGAGGAGCGAGCAGGAGAUCCUGACUGUUAUAGAGAACACUUCAUCACCUGGAGAGGCCUAAUACUGUUCCUGCAGCCAAUCAGCCAAAAAAAAAAAAAAAAAA